UGCUCCUCUUCCGUCUCUUUCAUCACCUUCGCCUUGCUUCUGCCCUGUCGCGCUCCUAUAUUUGUUUGAAGCCGCAGAGAUUGCCGCAGAGAAGAAGAAGUCUGAGGAAGGAGAAGCAGAAGAACAAUAACUUCCUUUCACUUCUGAGAUGGGCCGAGCUACAAAAUGGCUGAGGAAUUUAUUUGGCGGUAAGAAGGAUGGCGCAGCCAUUGCGGUUACCAGUGAUACAAGGGUAAAAAGAAGGUGGAGCUUCAAGUCUCCGAGGGAUUCCUGUGAACCCGCACAGGCUAAUGUGGCAUGGCUGAGAUCAUUUUAUGCUGAGACAGAGAAAGAGCAGAACAAGCAGGCCAUUGCAGUGGCAGCCGCCACCGCGGCAGCAGCGGAGGCUGCGCAGGCAGCCGUUGCCGUGGUGCAUCUCACCAGCCAUAGCCGGUGCUCAAAGCUUGGGGGUUUCCAUGAAUGGCUGGCUGCUCUCAAGAUACAAAGGGUGUUCAGAGGUUAUCUAGCAAAAAAAGCUCUGAGAGCUCUCAAAGCUCUUGUUAAGCUCCAGGCUUUAGUUAGAGGAUAUCUGGUUAGAAAGCAAGCAGCAGCAACUUUUCACAGCAUGCAGGCUCUAAUCAAAGCCCAGGAAACCAUCAGAGCACAAAAAUACAAGGCUUUUCUCUCCUCUGAAAACAAAAUUCAUCAGGAAGAAAUUCAACGCCUCUCACUGGAACCAUCCUUUUUUCUCCACCCCAAACUCUCGGUGGGGAUCGAAACCCAAACUUGUGCCUCUGAUGGCAGCCCGAAGGUCGUUCAAGUUGACUCACUCCGCCCAAAGUCGAGAUCAUCUCGAAGAUCAAGUUAUCUUACAAUUGACCAUUCUGAUGAAAUCUCCCCCAAUUCCAUCUCAUCUCCUCUUCCUACCAUCAAAAGAAUGCCGAUGCCCGAUUGUCGAUUAUCAUUCGAGAAAUGUCGGUAUUCCUCAACAGCACACAACACGCCACGUUGCGUCGCGCCAUCCACACCUACAAAGAACUUGUAUGCGGUAACAGAAGGCGACUUUCGUAGGAGAUUGAUUAAUUCUAUCAAUUGUCCAAAUUACAUGAGCAACACACAAUGUUUUGAGGCGAAAGUGAGGUCCCAAAGCACACCAAAGCAGAGACCAGAGCUCUUGGGUUCGAGCAAACGUCUUCCGCUUAGCGAAAUAGUGAUUGAGCACUCGAGGCCGAGCCUGAGCAGUGUUAGAAUGAGGAAGGCCGAGGAGGAGUUCAGCUUCAAGAAGGCUGUGGUGGGAAGACUCGAUAGGUCUUUGGAGUUGAGCAGGGGGGAGAGAAAAGGAUCGAAUUAAGCUACCAAUGAAGUUCAAUUUGAAUAAUUUGCUCUAGUUUUGUCAUGAUUUUUUUUUUCUAUUUUGUUUUCUGUUUCUCCGCUGAUUGUUGCAAUUAUAGUGGAAGAAUGAAGUUUUUUGUAAAUUUGUUGAUGGCAUGAGAUUUAGAGAAGUUUGUUAGGUUAGGGGCCUUUUUGUAAUUUAGAAAAGACUA